AUGUUCGCCCUUACACUAACAGCCGAGCUCAACGGGGUCACGAAUCUCCGUCCCGAUGACAGCGAAGGCAACCCCUUCUGGUACACAUUCAAGGUCCAGUGCACUUCAUGCCGUGAAGUCCACGACAAGCCCGUUGGUGUCAGCCGUUUUGAUGACAAUGAGAUGAGUGGCAGCAGAGGCGAGGCCAACUUCGUCUGGCGGUGCAAGAACUGCAAGCGCGAGUCCUCGGCUUCCAUCAAGGCUGCGCCUACACCUUAUGCACAGGGUGAACCCGCGAAGCAGCAGAAGCUUCUCGAAUUUGACUGCCGAGGUCUCGAGUUCACAGAGUUCAUCCCUGAAGGAGAAUGGCUUGCCGAAGGCAUUGAUUCGGGUAGCAAGUUCACCGCCAUUGACCUCACCGAUGGGGAGUGGUAUGACUACGAUGAAAAGGCCGGAGAGGAAGUGAGUAUCAAGGAUCUGAAGUGGGAGAUCAAGCGUGCUUGA